AUGGAAUUAUGCGGCAUUCCCCCACCGACCAUGGACUGGUCUAGUUCGAAUUUGCCCGAAGCCUGGAAAAAGUUUGAACAACAUGUGAAGCUGAUUUUCGCAGGCCCAUUGAAAGAAAAGAAUGAAGAAGAACAAGUCUCAUACCUUCUAUUGUGGAUUGGCGAGAAAGGUCGUGAUAUUUAUAACACUUUUCCAGCAUUUUCGAACGACGACAUGAAGAAACUACAACCACACUAUGAUAGAUUUCUCAGGUACGUUCAACCCAAGUUAAACCCAAUCUCCGCCAGAUACAAGUCUAACAAUGGAGUACAGGGAACAAACACGUUUGAUCAGUUUGUAACAAAACUGAAACUAUUAGCAAGAGACUGCAAUUUUAAAGAUGCGGAGGAAAUGAUUAGAGACAGGGUUGUGUUUGGGAUACAAUCGGAAAAAAUCCGGGAAAAACUUAUUAACGUUGGCGAGACACUUACCCUGGAUAAGGCUGUACAGAUAGCUCAGGCAUACGAGUACUCUCAGGAACAGCUCAAACUCAUGGGACAGCAAUCGGUACACGUACAAGCAUUGUCCAAGUCUACCCCCCAUGCACACUCACCUGCAGAGAGGAGCGGAAGGAGACCACCCCACCAGACGAAGACGCGAUGCACUCCGCCAAAGACUCCGACAAAGUUUCCGUCUACCCCGAAGACGAAGCCAUGCGGAAAGUGCGGAAAGCGACAUGGAACUCAGGAUACUUGUCCGGCACAAGGUCAGAGGUGCAACAACUGCCACAAGUGGAACCACUUCGCCAGUGUGUGUCGUUCGCGAUCCGUAAAUGACAUUAACCAUGUGAACUCGAGUGACUGUCUGCAGAAGCCCAGUGAAAUGAACAAUGUUAAUCGUGAAAGUGACAAUACACAGAGAUCUGUUGACAUUAAUCAUGAUACAUGUAAUGUGUUUGGCAAUUUUGUUCAUGAGUCAGAUUCAGAUUUUAAUAUUGACAAUGUUGAUAGCAAUGUUGAGCAUGAUCAAGCAUUUAUUAACAUUAAGCUAGGCCCAAACCACAAAGAGGUUAGGUUCAAAGUAGAUACAGGGUCUCAAGUCAAUAUUUUGCCCGAAUCUUUGUACAUUGAUUUAGCCCCCUAUCACACAUUAGGCAAAUCUAAGAUCAAGCUAUUUGCUUAUAAUGGCCACUCUGUACACCCCAUAGGCUAUUCUGUUAUUCAAAGCAACCUUAAGGGUAAAGAUUAUAGCAUUGAGUAUCAGGUCGUACAGACACAUUCGCACCCAAUUCUAGGUUUACGAGCAUGCUUAGAUUUAGGCAUAGUUCACCUCACUUACUCUAUUGAUAAGGUUAUGCCCUUCAGUAAGAGUCAUGUACUUAGUCAGUACUCAGAUGUAUUUCACGGCAUAGGUCUGUUUGCAGGAGAAUGUACUUUUCAGGUUGAUCCAAAUGUUAGACCGGUUGUCAACCCCCCGCGAAAGGUGCCUGUAGCCCUACGCGACAAGCUAAAAGUAGAGUUAGAAAGAAUGGAGUCAGCGCAAAUCAUCACUAAGGUAACAGAACCAACAGAAUGGGUGAACUCAUUAGUCGUUACUACAAAGCCAGCAUCAGGAAAGCUUAGAGUAUGUUUGGAUCCCAUGGAACUCAACAAAGCCAUUAUGAGACCACACUACCCUAUGAGGACCUUGGAUGAUAUCCUUCCUCAAGUCUCAGGUGCCAAGUACUUUUCCAAGCUAGAUGCCAGCUCUGGUUACUGGACUGUUGGACUUUCACGUGAAUCGUCACUGCUCACUACAUUCAAUACUCCAUUCGGGAGAUAUCGCUACCUGCGUUUACCAUUUGGCUUGAAGAACUCACAAGACAUCUUCCAGCAGAAGAUAGACCAAUGCUUCGAAGGAAUGUCCGGAGUUGCUGCCAUUGUUGAUGACAUAUUGGUUUACGGCAGGACCCCACAGGAGCACAAUGACAACCUCAUCAAGGUGUUAGAUAAAUGCAGGAGUGUGGGCAUCAAGAUGAACAAGGAGAAGUUACAAGUGGGAGUUCAGGAAGUUGAAUAUUUUGGCCACAUCCUCUCAGCAGAUGGAUUGAAGCCAGAUCCCUCUAAGGAUACACCACUGGCCCAGGCAUUCCAGAAGGUCAAAGACCUAAUAACCAGAACACCUGGACCUCUGCUUACAUACCUUGACUCGGGAAAACCAGUGGUGUUGGAGACUGACGCAUCUCAGUUUGGGCUCGGAGCAGCACUUUUGCAGGAUGGCAAACCAGUUGCAUUUGCUUUGAAGUCACUAACCCCAGCAGAAAUCAAGUACGCCCAGAUAGAAAAAGAGAUGUUGUCUCCUAUUUGGCUGCAAGAAAUUUCACCAGCUUAUGAUCUGAAGUUGACGCACAUCCCAGGCAAGGACAUACCUAUUGCUGAUACACUUUCACGCAAGUUUUUGCCAGAUACUUACCCACAGCUAACAGCAGGCAUGGACUUACAUGUGCACACAGUUAUGUCCAGUACAAGGAUGAGUGAUAGAAGAUUAGAGGAAGUCAGAUUAGCAACCCAAGCUGAUCCACAGAUGAAGAUACUUAUGAACAUUAUACAUGAUGGUUGGCCCGAUAAACGCAAGAAAUGUCCAUCCCAAGCACUAGAGUAUUGGAACCACAGGGAUGAGUUGACAGAGAUAGAUGGCAUUAUAUUUAAGGGUCACAAGAUAAUCAUACCAAGAGAUUUAAGACGCCAGAUGAUGGAAGCUGUACAUAUAGGUCACAUGGGUGUGGAAAAAUGCUUAAGGAGAGCUAGAGACAUUAUAUUUUGGCCCAGGAUGUCAACAGACAUCACAAACAUGGUUCUGGAAUGUGGAGUUUGCUUAGAGAGAAGAAACUCGAACCCCAAGGAGCCACUGAUCAGUCAUGAUAUUCCAGACAAUCUUAAUGAGAGACCAUAG